AUGUGCAUCUUCGAAGGACUCUCCACUUCGCAAUCCACUGCUAAGCCAGUGGUGACCGAGUACGAGAUUUGCAUCUGCAAGCAAGCGGAAUACAUCAACAUUGAUUCUUCGAGCACAAAGGCGUCUAGCGAGUCGCUUGGCAGCCCUCCCGCCUAUGAGCCAAGACCCCACUCGACUGUCACCGUUACAGCACCUCGUACUAAGGCCAACUUUUUAGGCCGCAUCUUUGCUCGCAUUCCCAAAAAGCCUGCUUGUGCUGCCAACGAGCUGCCCAGCUACCGCGAAACCGAGCUCGUCGAAGCGUGGUCCAAGGUGGGCAUCGACAUCAACGACCGCAAGCAGGGACCUCGACCCAAGUGUACACCUGAAGAACUUCUGCAGGCUAUGGACGGGCUUUUUGGCUCUCGAACCGUUUCUUCCGCUAUGUAG